GUCACUGCUCUGUGAGUGAGGAAAGAGCAGAGCAAGUACAGAGCAAAGCAGAGAGCUGGAAAACUUUGGAGAUGUAAGGUAUGGUUUUGGAGUUUGGGAACAUCAGAUCAGGCAGGGCAAAGGGGGGAAACUUAGGUCCAGCAGCAGGUUGUAGGUCAGGAUGCUAAUGGUGAGAAGACUCUGGUGUUAGAACAGGCUGGCGGAUUCCAAGGGGAAGGGGAGACCAUACUCAAGAGCCUGCUGAUAGGACUAAGGAGAUUAGAACACAAUACACUCUAGUCUUACAGAUAGCACAGGUAGGAUGCCCUUAGCUAAGGUGCCUAAGAUUUCCAUUGAAAGAGCCCUGUUGUCGGUUGCUUUUCACUUUGCUAAACUUUAACAGUUUGGGCUGAAACUUUCCACACAGGGUGUCAGCGCUGGGCUCAGUUUUGGAAAGUUUCAGCUAAAGCACUUCACUCUUUGCCAAGAAAAGGUUUGGGGAAAAUCCUUUGUAUUGCCCUUCUUAAAACACUGUCCAGCCUUUUCUUUGAGAAGCUCUAGUGGCUCCAAGCUUGGGAACGGGGACUUGACAUUUGGCCGGGGGGUUCAGACUGGCAGCAAGGUUCUGCCUCUUGUCAUCGCUGUGAAAUGUCUCCCAAAAUUGGUCAAGUCAGAAGCCUCUGAAAAAUCUUAGUUCUCAGUAGAGACUGGCUGGAGCUUUGCAGUGACAUUAUCCCAAGAAGCCAUCUGUGCUAAGCAUGAUCCAGGCCGGAGCUGCAGGGGACAAGCAGGAGCUUUCCUGAAAUUGCUGCUCCUGAAUUCUCUGAGCUGGGCCAGGGCUGGGCCCAGAAACUGAGGGCACAGAGUCUCUUUCUCCUGGGCUCUCAAGGUUCCCCAGCUGGUGCAAAGGCAGGCUGGAGGAGGAAGUGGCCUGAAUCAAGUGUAGACAAGAUAAAAACUGGAACAGAGAUGUGGGGGGAGUAGGUUGAGAAAAUGAACUUCAGUGUUGGGGUCUGGGACUGGAGGCUGCAGAGAACCUGGGACUGGGAGUUGGGUGGGAGGGAGAGACUGGGACUGGCUCGCCAAGGAGAAUGAAACUCGUGUUGUGGAGUAGUCUGGGACUGAAUGGGCAGGGAGACUGGGACUGAGAGCUGGGGGAGCAGGAGGGCCUGGGACCGGCUGGACAAGAGGAGGGGGAUUGGGAACCAGAGGAGGAAUGGUGAUAGAUCCAAAGAGGAGCCAGGACAUGGACAGGGAACUAGCAAUAGCUGGGCAAUGAGGUUGGGACAUGAGCUGGGAAGGUAGGAGACUGGAACAAGGAUCCACAGGGAAGGGGGCAGAAUGAGACUUGGUGAGGAGACUGGGCCUGGCUAGGCGAGGAGAAUGGCACAAGGAGACAGGACUGGGACACUUCCAGGCUGGAGGGGACAGGUCAAGCUUGUGGGGGAUGGAAGAAGAAUCUGUGCCCAGUAGAGCACACACCCCUCCAGAGCCUGGACUGGAUGCCAAGAUUCCUGAGACUCACCCUUCCUCUGCUGUCUGCAAAUAACCUGGGGAACCCACUGGUGAAAUGUGUUUUGUUUCCUUCUAGGGCUGGCCCACAGAGUGCGUGAGGACCUGCUGUUGCUCUCAGUUUUCAGUUAGCUCACUGGCAGGGGUCUGUUCGAUGGAUCUAAAGGUUCCAACCCUGCUGAUGAACCAUGUAGAUGCCACAAUGAUUCCACAUGAUAGAAUUGCUGUUGUUCAAUUUGCUAGGAAAUUACACACAGAAAGCCUCUGCUAAAAGAACAGUAUUAAGGUUGCAAAGUCACCCACUCAAAAGUUAGGAAAUUCCAAAAUUAAGGUUGCAGCCUAAAUUCAGCCCCUUUUGCUUUAUGACAGUCUGUCUUUACGUGAUCACAUAUUGUUUUCCAGCAGGACUCCUGCCUCAUUCAGUGCUCACGACAGAUCUGCUGCUCUCAGGAUAAUUCAGGGUUGUGCGCCGAAGGGGGCUGUUGUCUGUAGGACCCUGUCCCAGGAUGACUGGCCCCUUUAAAAGGGAAUGGGUUUAGGUCACCUGACUAGCUAGUUGUCUCCUGAUGGGACAUGACAGAAGACACCUGGCAGCAGUUGAGGGCGGAUCAGGAAGCCGCAGCAGGGCACUGGUGGGAGCUCCCUGCGGAGAGCUGUCUGAGCCCCAAGAGAGCCAUAGUUGGGAGCUGCUGGGUGGAGGAGCUGGUGCAGAGCAGGAGGUGAAGGGAGUUGGGGACAGAACUGCCAGAGCUGGGAACCCUGCUGAGUAGAAGGUUCCUCCUGGGGUCCCUAGAUAAAGGGGAAGACCCAGUUCAGCCAGGGGCAGGCUGAAGCCCAGAACAAGAAUGUGAUUUGGGGGAGCUAAGGAAGGACAUGACUCACAAAUAAAAUCAGAGACACUUCAUCUGAACAGUGUCCCACUUCUUUUCAAUCUUAACAGUAAGAGGUCAUGUUCCGGUCCCAUAUGUCACAGUACUGACCACUGAAGUGUUAUAUAUCCUGAGCUUUGUCUCUCCUUAUCAAGUAGUCUCAGUGCCGCUAGAUGGGACAGGACACCACACCCAGGAGAUAUGUGGGUUACAUAUGGAAAAAGAGUCUCUGUGUAGGCAGAUUUUAGCAACAGAGGGUCCUGUGGCACCUUUAAGACUAACAGAAGUAUUGGGAGCAAAGCUUUCGUGGGUAAGAACCUCACUUCAUCAGACGCAAGUAAUGGAAAUCUCCAGAGGCAGCCAUGUCUACGGGAAAGGAAAAACCCCAAAAUUCAGCUCAGGAAGACCCUGCAAAGGAUGAACUAGCCAAGAGACUGGAAGCAGUGGGUCUGAGUGCAGAGCACUGGCUGCCUAAACUACACAAACAACUUGGAGUUACCUCUACCCAAGCCUUGAAACACCUGCGAUAUGAAGACUACCUAAAGCUAGAAUGCGAUGUGCAGCACACAUGGGAAAAGCAGGCGCUCCAAGAGCUACUUAAGACAGACAGCAAGGCAACAAUGAAGCAGCUGCAGGAGCAGCACUUGGAGAUGCUAAAGAAGAGGCAGGAGCAGGCUAAGUCAGCAGUGAAGGAGCUAGAAGAAAUGCAGGAGAAAGGCAGGAGCCGCCAUGAGGAAGUUGUAAGAAAGAAAGAGGAGGAGCUGCAGGGAGCUAUGGACAUCGCCCCAGAGUAUUGGGCACCACAUGAGAAGCCUUUGAAGGAAGUGAUAGAGAAUGUGCACAAACAAUUAGACCUCCUGGAGGAGUCGGUGUCCCAGAGUGAGAAUCUCCCUGACAAGGAAGUUUUGAGAUGGGCAUCGGGAGGGCUGGCCCUGCAAGGCAUUUACAAAACCAACAAGCUUGCAGAGAUGGUGGAGAAGCGAGAGCAGCUCAUAGACAUCCCAGAGGGGUUCGAGCUCUUUGGUCCACAGCAAGGGCCGCUGUUUGAGAAGAAGGAGUUUUCAUCGGCCGAAGCAGAGUCCUCAUUCACCAGGACCAUGGAAAAGUUGGGGAUUAGCAUCGCAGCCAAGGGUGAAUUUAGUGCUGAAACCAGCACAGAUUAUGGCAAAUCUGAAGAAUCCAAAAAAACCCACAGAUCCUGCUCUGAACACGCCUACAUUUGCACCACCCAGUACAGCUACAUCCCACUGGCCUCAUGCUACUUCCCCAAGGAUCAGCUUCGACUUUCCAGAGCGGCGCUGCAAGAGUUAAAAGAGAGCGAGCAGCUUUUGAGUCACACCCCAGAGCCGGACAAGCUCAACUUCCUGAAGAGCAGGGGCGGGCGAUUCUUCAAGAGAUUCGGGUCUCAUGUAAACCAGGGCCCCCUUCACUUGGGUGGGAUAUUCUGGUGGAAAGUGUCUUCUGAGGGAUUCCGGGCAGAGCAGCUGGACGAGGUGAAGAAACAAACAUCUGAUGCACUCAGCUCCUAUGUUGGGGGCAGCUAUGGUGGGUUUGGUUGGAGCAUUUCAGCUGGUGUUACUGCAUCAAAAUCAGGUUCUGAAGCCUCAUUUCAGGGCACAGAUAGAAAACAAACCCAAACAGAGAUUCAGUUGUUUGUGACCAAGACAGGCGGCCCACCUGGAGUGGAUUCACUCACAGCAUGGAAAUCUGGGCUACUGGCCAGUAACAAAACCUGGUCUGUUAUUGACAGAGGUGCUCAGCUGAUUCCAGUGUGGGACAUAAUCCUGUCCAAUCACAGACAAGAUUUUAAAGAUGUUUAUCAAAUGAGCAGCAGCCUCAUACGUGCAUAUGAAGCCCUAACAAACCUAAGUGUCAGAACAUUGCUUGGGGAGGAGUUAGCCAGUACAGUGGAUGAGGCCAGAUCAUUCUUAGAGGACAUGAAGUCCUGGGAAGUCUCUGGGGAUGAAGAACACCUGGUGACACUGAUGAACUUCAAACAAAAGCUGAAUGAAAAAACAAGAAGCUCUAAUGUAUGGAUUAACCUUUGCCUAUCAGAUAAGGUGCUUCAAGAUUUCCUGGAAAAAACUGUUUCUCUGUGCAAAGAUUUAUCUGCCCCAAAUGAGAAGUACAUCAAAUCUUUGCUGCGCUGCCUUCUGGAUCCUUAUAUCUAUUCAGUUAAGCAUUUCCCCAAAUCUUCUUUCAUUAUGCAAUGGAUUUUCCAGUCAGCAGAAGAACAAGCAGAACAGAUCUGCACCUCGGAUCUUACAGAUUUCAUUAAAGUUUUACAACAAAUGGAAAGUGAAAUCAAGGAAGCUACCGCUGCCUCUAUGAAUUCUCCAGCAGCACAGCAAGAAGCAAAAAGAAAAGCUACUCUGAUUCUCAGUUUAUCCUUCCAUUCAUUACUGCAGGCUCUGAGAGACAGAGCUCAGACAGACACAGAACUGUUAUUACUCUCCGUUGCAGCCAGCGCAGGGUACCGUGUGGAAAGUCAUACUUUUCAGAAUCUCCUUGGGUGUACAGAAAUUAACUUCAUGUUAAAGGAAAUUCAAAGGGCACAUGAGGGAUAUUUGACCCUUAGGGAUCAGGAUAUUUCCAGAGCUCAGGCUUUCCUGCUGUUGACAGGUUUGACAGUAGCAGCUAAAAAUAAAGUUAUGGCCCCUGAAGAGAAGAAGAAAUGUUUGACUUUUAUUAAAGAUCAUAUGCAAAACUCGCUGUCACAGGAAGUUACUUUUGUCCUUACAAAGCACAGAGCUCUCACUGAUUGGAAAGCACUGGAAAGAGACUUGAAUUUCCUUGUAAAUGGAAAUUUUGAAGCCAUAAAUGAUGAUCAGCAGAAGGAAUAUAUAAAGAAAGAACUAGAAAACGUUUUUCAAGAAAUCAAGCCGGUAAAUUCACCAGUAUCAACAUCCAAAGAAGUGCAAUCUAGUGACACUAAGACAUAUGAAUUUCCCCAAAACUCAGGGUUUCUAAAAUUAAUUCAGCGACUUAAACUUGAAAAUUACUAUCCAAAUAAAAUGGGGAUGGCAGAUUUUCAGAUAAUUCACAAAACAUCUUUACUUGACAGCUACCCCAGCAAUGAAAGUGAGCUGUCAUUUUAUUUUUUGGAUAAGCUGUUGAUGCUGGACUAUAGGGUACGAUAUUUGAUUUGCAAGGUUGACAGGAAAACAAAACAAGGCAUAGCCAAUAUAAUGAACACCAGAGAUGAUGUGGAUGAACCCUUAGAUAAUUUAGAUGACAUUUUUAAUGGUGAUGAGAAGGAAUCUAAUGAAUUUGCUGAAAGUAAUGAGGGUCAGGUGCAUCCUAUGGACAUCCAAAUGGCAAUUUUUCACUGUGCAGAUGAUUUCAUGAGGCAAUAUAUUUCAACAAAGCUUUCUUUAUGUCAAUUUGCACUUCCACUUCUGGUGCCAGAUCCCUGCACUUCACAAAUAGAAUUCCCUCUUUGGUCCUUUUGCCAAGUUAACAAGAAGUGGCAGAGUCAUGAGGAAUUUCAAAACAAGGCUGGGAUUAGGAAAUGUAAAGAUCAAUUGAUUUAUCACGCAGAUCUACCAGUGGUGUCCUUCAUAAGAUUUGGUGCAUCUUCUUUUUCUAAAUCUCAGCUCUUAAAUACACUGUUGAGUAAGCAAAAGCAUAGUAUUUUUUUCCAUCGUCACUGUAGAGGCAGCAUUAAAAACUGCAUCUUGAUGGAAGGGGUUGUAGAAAUUGCCUGGUAUUGUCCAGGUAGAGAUAAUGAUGAUGACAGUUUUGACAAUUGCAUUGCAUUCACUAAUCUUCAUGGAGAUGCAAGAGAACAUGAACAACAAAUCAAAUUUUUACAGGAAAUCGCUUCUGUCACUGUGGUUCUCUUGUCGGACACUGAUCGGAAUGAAAAGGGCACGAAGGUUUUACAAGACCUCUUAAAAUCCCCCAAACCCUUCAUCUUUCUCUGUAUUGACAAAGAGAGAAUAUCAGUUAACAAAUCUGGAAAGCGAGUAAAAAUAGCUGUUAAGAACCAGAGUGAGUCAAAAUUAAUGGAGGAACUGACCACUGCAAUUAAAUGUGCUGUAGAAACUUCAAAUAUUCCUUGUAGUCUAGGUAAAUGUGCAAACAUUGCUCAAGAGCAUGGAUUCCGUGUUGACAAAGACAAGGGAGAGUGCACAGAAGGCAAAAAACUGGCAGAAGAAGUAAUGGUUUUUCUGAAACAGGAAAAUAUUUUGGAUACUAAGGACAAAUUAUUACCUCUCCAAGGAGAGUUUUGGCACAAGUGGUGUAAAAAGGAUAAAGAACGAACCCAUUUGCAGGACGAUGAGAACAUGGGCAUUGAACAACACCUAAGCCAAAUAAAAUCAGAAAAGCAUUCAAUACGACAGGCUCAGUUACAGAGAGCGUUCCCCCUGAAUAAGCUAAUGCAGUUAGUGCUUUCAGCUCUGACUUUACCUUCCCACAAAACCAAAUUGUACUUUUUACAGUGGCUGAAAGUAUUUAUAGCUGAUCUGUCUGCUGAUCAUCUUCCAGAGCUUCACCGAAAAUACCAUGAUUUGUGGUCACAAAACCAAAGAGGAGGAAAUAAUGACUUGCAAAAACAAUUGGAAAAAUUAUCACAUGAAAUAAAUGAAUCUACUUUUGGUCUCAAGCAUCUUUUGAGAGAGGUGGGUCAGAUUUAUGAAGCUUUGGAUGCACUACCUGAACCGGAUAAAUGUUUUCUUGAACUACCAAAAAUUGUAGCUGAUUUGAUGGUUCAAGGGUAUCCUAUUGAGCUGCUGGAUGGUGACACUUCCUAUGUGCCAUUGAAAUGGGUCGGAGCCAUCUUUGACAAGUUAAUUGAGAAAUUAGGAGACCAAAAGGUGUUUGUUCUUUCUGUACUUGGCAUCCAGAGCACUGGGAAGUCAACACUGCUAAAUGCCAUGUUUGGACUUCAGUUUAGUGUCAGUGCCGGGAGAUGCACCAGGGGAGCAUUUAUGCAACUAGUUAAGGUGGAUGAUGAGCUCAGAGAAGAGCUGAACUUUGACUUUAUGGUGGUUAUUGACACUGAAGGGCUUCGGGCCAUAGAGCUAGAAAAUAGAUCAGCACUCAGCCAUGAUAACGAGCUAGCCACUUUUGUCAUUGGUCUUGGCAACACAACUUUGAUCAAUAUUUUUGGAGAGAAUCCUUCUGAAAUGCAAGAUAUCCUGCAGAUCGCUGUCCAGGCAUUUCUGAGGAUGAAGAAAGUAAAUCUCUCCCCAAGCUGUUUGUUUGUGCAUCAAAAUGUUGGAGACAUAACUGCAAAUGAAAAGAAUAUGGAAGGACGAAGACGCCUUCAGGAAAAAUUAGAUGAAAUGGCAGUUAUUGCAGCCCAGCAAGAGUUCUGUGAUGUUACCUGCUUUAGUGAUGUUAUCCAAUUUGAUGUGAACACCCACAUUCAUUACUUUCCUCACCUCUGGGAAGGAGACCCACCAAUGGCACCUCCAAACCCCAGUUACAGCCAAAGAGUGCAAGAACUAAAGAGGGAAAUUCUCAUGGCUGCCAAAGAAAAAUCUAAACAAAGUUUUCUAAGACUGUCAGAAUUAAAAACACGCACUCAGGACCUGUGGGAGGCUUUGUUAAAUGAGAAUUUUGUAUUCAGCUUUAAAAAUACACAGGAGAUUGUUGUAUACAGCAGACUGGAAAACAACUAUAACAAAUGGACCUGGGAACUGAGAAGUUUCAUGCUUAAUCUGCAGAACAAGCUGAACGUCCAAAUUCAGAAUGGAAAAAUCUCCAAAAUAGAUAGAGUAGAUCUUGAAAAAAGAGUUCAAGAAAAAUAUGAUGCCACUGAAAAGGAUCUAGAAAGGUAUUUUAGGGAAGACAAGGACUGUAACAUACUGAUUCAAUGGGAAAAUAAUAUUAAAACAAAAAUGAACCUUUUCAGACUAGAACUGAUUGACAAAAUUUGUCAAAAGUGUCAAGAACUUAUCAGUCUAAAGAAUUGUCAAAGUAGUUUUGAACAAAGGAAAUCAACUUAUAAAGAUGAGUUGCUUAGAAAAAGCAAAGAGUUGGCCCGACAUUUCAGAGAUAAGGAAUUGAGUGAAAGUGAGCUUAGAGAUCGCUUUAUCAGGAUGUGGAAGGAAUGGGUGAUUGAGGUGUCCUCCGCUGCCCCUCGUGUUGAGGAGCCCAAUUUUAAAGCUGAUAUGGAGAUUUUCCUUUACAAUCAUUUUAAAUCAGAACACAAUAUAAGAAACAGGAUUACAACAUCCUCUGAAUGGACUCAUUUUCCUCUGAACCCUUCUGAGCACAUCUCAAUGAAGAGGAAAUGGUAUGGACUAAAGCAGAAGACUACUAAAGAAUGUGAUGUUGAGAAUUUAAAGACAAUGACAACACACCUAGAGCAUCAUAUCUAUGAAUACAUUGAGAACAAAGCGAGCAAGAUAAUGAAUUACACUUCCAGUUACUUUCAUGAAAUAGUGGAGUUAAUAAGCAGAAAGUUGGAAUCGGAUUCAGAGGAUGACAAUUUUACAUUAACACGCUCAUACAAAGUGGAUGUCUCUCUAUAUUUAUGCCAAAUGGCAACAAGAAAGUUUAGCGAGACAUUCAAAGCAUUCCAGAAAUCAGAUGAUCCAGUCCAGUAUCUUGAAAGUAAGAGAGAGGAAUUCUUUACCUCUUUUAAAAUCGCCUGCCAAGGGGCAACAUCCAUCACAACUUUUGCUGAUAUUUUAUGCAGCAAUCUUAAAUCUGCUAUCUGCCAUGCAGUCUAUGACAAGACUGCCAUUGACAUAGCAAAUGAGAUGAGGUCGAAGCAUCCAGCCUUCAAUGGCAAUAGAAGCACACUGGAACUGUUCAUGCUGGGUUGUCUUUUAAAGCAGGAAGAUUUUGAAAAAUAUCAACAGUAUAUUUAUAACCCAAGUUAUUAUAUGGAAGAUUUUAUCAGACGAGAAGUUGAUAGGUAUUGUUUAGACAAAAAAAAUCCAAAAUUGAAAAAUUUCUUAAAUUUAAAUCUUGAUUCUUUCCAGACUCUUGUUCUUUCAUCAAUUCAUGAAUCAACUAAAGUUGUUAAAGAUAAACAGGGCAAUGUAGCCUCAUGGUUGGAUGAAUUUUGUACCAGGCUUGGAGGGGAUAUGUACCUUCCCAGAAGCAAUCUGACAAGCAUUGAACAUCAAGAGACAAAAGACAUACAAUUUCUUAUAGAAGUGGUGAGUGAGUCACUGAUCCCUGCCUUAGAACAGCUGAAACAAACAUUCUCCGAGAUUGAUCUGGAUCCGUUUGUCACAAAACCCCAUCAAAUCCUGUUUGAGCAGUUCAGUGGGUGUUGGAAGCAAUGUCCUUUUUGCAAGGCCGUCUGCACAAACACAAUUCCUGGUCAUGAUGGAGAUCACAGCACUCCUUGUCAUCGUCCUCAGGCUCUGGCUGGCAUCCAGUGGGAAGAAACAAAUCAUCUAGUCAUUGAUAUUUGUACCAGCCUUGUAGCAAGUGACUGCAAAAUAGUGCUUGAUGGAAAAAUAAUUUCGUGCAGAAAUUAUCGAGAAGUAGGACGUGACUAUGCAAAUUGGGACAUCAAACCAGUUAUCUCACAACUGUCUUAUUGGAAAUGGUUUGUCAGUCAUUUCAGAUCUGACUUAGAAAAAAUCCAUGAUGGAAAAUUUGAAGGCAAGGGGGCAAUCCCAACUGAUUGGAAUAACUUAAACAAGGACGAAGUUCUUGUUGAGAUGUUAUUAAUGCGGACCAUCUUUGAUGUUACGAAUCAGUUGGAUGGGAGAAAUUUAUGUUUGGAAAAUAUUGAAAAAAAAUUGCAAUUAAUAUUUAAUAACUACUUAUAACUACUUUAGGAAGGAACUUUUUCUAUCAAAAAUAAAGUGAAGUGUGUUGGAGGGUUUCUCAUAUUUUACUUAAAAAAAAGAAUUAGUAUUUUUUGUAGGGCUCAAGGGAAAAGUUGCUGUGAAACUUUCCAAAAGAAACUUCCUUCUUCAUAAUAGAAUUCACCAGUUCCAUCAUGCUUUGUUCCACUGGAGAAGCCAUUCCUGAAAAUUAAUUCGAAUGCAGUGGGUCUUCUUUGGUAGCAAGAAUUGCAAGAAAACAGAGUUCAACAUUGGGAGAGGACUCUUGGGUUACGUGGCAAGGACACUUAAACUGAGGACAAUACCAGAUUGAUAAGAUCUUUAUUAAAAUGAAUGAAAGAACAACAAAUGCUAUGAAACACAGAGUUACAACGCAACAAUACAACUCUGUGACUCCUGUUGGUAACAUCUCUAUUAUAGAGAACUACUUGGCCUAACAUACUCACACCCUUCCCUGAAGGCCUGGUAGUAGGAGACGGAGGACCAGCCUUGCCCUGGCAUGCCUGACGAAUUUGAUGGUCCAGGCUUCCCCAGUUGGUAGGGAUUUCAUUCGAGUGUUGAGUAGCUAAGCUGUAUUGCAAAGCUGAGCUAAUAGCUUGAUAAAAAUAGGAAAAACAGGGUGAAUGAACGACCCUCUUGCAUGGCUGUUGACCCCUUUUAUAGGGUCCUGGUACUGCUUAAUCCAGGCCCAACCUACCAUGCCCAGAUCUUAUUUCCUCACCCUAAUAAAUCUUCAGGUACACUUAGGCUUGGUCUACACUAAACCCCCAAAUCGAACUAAGGUACGCAACUUCAGCUACGUGAAUAACGUAGCUGAAGUUCGAAGUACCUUAGUUCGAACUUACCUCGGUCCACACGCGGCAGGCAGGCUCCCCCGUCGACUCCGCGGUACUCCUCUCGCCGAGCUGGAGUACCGCAGUCGACGGCGAGCACUUCCGGGUUCGACUUAUCGCGUCCAGACAAGACGCGAUAAGUCGAACCCAGAAGUUCGAUUGCCAGCCGCCGAACUAGCGGCUGGGUAUAGACGUACCCUUACCCUAUAGGUUAACAUAUUCAUAUGUAUUAAUAUUGAUUAUCUCUCUCCUGAAACCGUUACCUGUGGCCUCAGUUGUGACUUCCAUGUUCUACGGUUACUGGUCUGUUCCAGACAUAUGAUGAACUGAUUCAGUUCUUUGUUCAGUUCCCCAAAGUCAAGAGAGGCAACUGAUAGACCAUUUAUCUAUGCCAAAAGUUACAAAUACCCAUACUGAUUUGCUCUAGCUAAUCAUACAGGAUACAGGCCUGCAGGUUCCUUGCGUUACAGCCAGCUAUGAAUUAUGAAUAACCAUGGAUAACUAUUAUGAGUAACAUAUAUUGGAAUUUAUAAACAACCCCUGAAAGUAUGAUUCAGCAAUAGUAAGAUAUGAUAACAAAAUAGUAUGAAUCAACCCAAGGAAGAAAAUAACAUUAUGUAAUAUAUCAGGGUAGCAAACUGAUCUUAUGGGCUAAAGUGUGAACAGACAGGAGAAGUUGUUCUCACAGUGAAGCAGUGUAAAAAGCACCCCAGGUUGGAGAACUAAGGGGCCACAGUUGUUCAACAGUCCAGAUUGUACCCUCGGUAAUGUCACAUGCACAUUGAGACCAGGUCUGAAAAUUUAGACCUAAUUGUCUCAUCCAAAUUAAAAUGGUUGUGUCAGAGAGAGAGAGAGAGAAAACAGUACCCCAGGAGACAGACUUUUGCACAGUGAUUUCAGAGAGUUCAUGCCCUACUGUGCUAUACCUGAAAAGCAAAUUGAGAAGCAACUUUAACCUUGGAGCUGGACCAACUCAGCCUGGCCAAUAAUCAAAGAAAACAAGCCCUAAUCAGCCUCAAAGGAGAAGAGGAGGAAAUGCAAGAGCCCACAUGUCACCCCUCAUUCAGAGGCCACUCAUUGUAGUGCAGACUGUAAUGCUCUAAAAACUAUCUCAAAUAGCUUUUCUUUUUUCUAACUGUUAAUUCUGUAUUAAGAUUUUACUGCAAUACAUUAUGUUAUUUAUAAGGAAUAAACAUUUCUUUCUGCAAACACAGUGCUGCCUACCAUUACCUCAUGAAUGCAAGGAUGCAUGCCUAUAAAAGAUCAGCAAAUAAAUGCAUGUUCAAAAUAUUUUAA